AUGAACUGGACACCCCCGCCAUUGUACAGAGUAUCCCAAACCAUAGAGUUACCGUAUGUCACAUGCGUAAAUUUUGUAUUGCAUCUUUUUUGCCUCUGCGCCAAUUGUAGUGCGAAUGCCUGUUCCCUUUUUAUUAACACUUUCCCGUUCCCUGAACUUUUUACCCAGAAUUAUCGCCGAAGAGAAGUUAGGUCAAACACGUUGGCUUCUCGAAUGAAUGUUCCGAGCAGAGGACCGCCUGUUGAAACGAAAAAAAGAACGAAGAUUACGUUGAUCCCGCUAGAUACGUCGGACUUUGCCAUUGAGGAUAUCGUCAAAGAGUUUGGAGAGCCAACUUACAUCCAUUUUUACGACAGCAAAGAUGACCGAACAUGUAUCUUUGAAUUGAGUGAUUUGACCUCCAUGGAAAGCUUUGUGAACAAAUACAACGACUAUGAGAUCAAAGAGGGUUCUAAAAUCCGAGCUCAGAUUUUUGAGCAACCAAUGAAGAGCACCCGCCCCCACCAAAGAGGAGGACAAGCUUACGGUAGUCAUUAUAAAGUUCAACAGGCGGAAAGGAUACCACUAAGGGACAAUCCAAGACCAGUCCGCAGAAAUGAACGGGCCAAAAAACCAACACUUGAAGAGCUGGACGCAGAACUCGACGACUACAUGAACAAGGACACCUCUGGGACAGCGGAACAAUCAAACAGCACCAACAAUACACCAGAACAAUCAACUGGUGCGCCAGCAAAUACGUAG